GGGGCGCAGCGCGGUGGGUCCGUCCGUCCGUCCUGGGGAGGGGCCCCCCUGCGUGUGUGCGGCCCCCCCGGGAUGACCUCCAAGGCCAAGCGGGUUCUGCCCUCGCGCCCCGAGCCCCCCAGCCUGGAGCAGGUCCUGGCCGACGUGCAGGGCACCCACCCGGCAGACCCCGUCUUCCUCCUCCCCGCCGAGCCCCGCCAGGACCCCGGACCCUCCCCAGGCUCCCCCAGCCCCGCCGAGGAGCGGGAGCGGUUGUACCGACAGAGCCGCUCCUACGUGGAGAUGAACCAGCGGCUGCAGGAAUCCCGGGAGCGGCUGCGGGAGCGGCGGGAGGAGCUGCAGAGAGCGGGGGCAGCGCUGGAGAGCGGCAUGGCCGAGAUGAGGCAGAAAGCCUGCUGAGGGGGGCUGCUCCUCCAGGAGCCCCCUGGGCACCCCGGGACUCCCCUACUCCUCCCUGGACACCCCAGGACUCCUCCAGGAGCCCCCUGGGCACCCCGGGACUCCUCUGCUCUGCCCUGGACACCCUGGGACUCCUCCAGGACCCCCCUGGACACCCCACAGUUUCACCUGCCCGAAGGGGGCAGAUCUGGUUUGCGGAAGGUUCGCUGUUCCCACGUUGCUGCCGGUGACUCGGGCCGGGCAGCCCGACCUUUCCCCAGGGAGUGGCCGGUUCCUGGUGCUGGAAGGAAAGUUCCCACCUGGGGUUUGGUCCCUGCUGCCCGUGACGUUGUUGCCCUGGUCCCUGCCUGGUGACAUGUCCGCCACGCGCCGCCGCUUCGCCUACGACUUUUCCCUCUGGUACUGCCCCGAGGACGAGCACGUGGCCUCUCACAUCUCGGAGCGCUUGAAGAAAGAGGGAUUUCAGGGAUAUGUGGAGCACCAGGACCAAGUGGCCGGGACCUGUGUCAUCCCGUCUGCCGUGGAGGUGAUCGAGGCCAGCCGGGUGGCCAUCCUCCUCCUCUCUGCCAGGUCCCUGCGCGACCCGUGGUGCCAGCAGGUUUCCCAGUGGAACCUGUAUCACAUCAUCCACUGCCACGGGACCAAGGUCAUCCCCGUCUGCGUGGGGGUGAAGAAGGCUGAGGUGCCCCCUUUCCUGCAGCACCUCACGGGGCUGGAGUUCCAGGCCAACUUCUUCUUCGAGCGGCUGGUGGGCAGCCUGAGGACACCCCGCUCGGCAGCCGCCAGAGCCCGGCGCCCCCCGGCCUGGACAGCAAAGAGCUGAGGGGCUGGUGGUGACAGCCCCCCCGGGGGUCUGUCCUCUGCUUCAGACUGUCACCAAUCUCAUUAAAACCCUUCUUGGAGAA